AUGCCGAUGCCUUUGCCGGCUGUAACCACUUCUGCGAUGCGCCAACAUCGCUCUUCCAUGUAUCAGCAGCACACGUUCUUGGAUCGUCAGCGUGGCGCCGUCACUGACGUCAUUUUUCAGGAGCACGUUUCGCAAAGCUCAUGGGCUAUGACUACACCGCAGCAGCCAAUUUUUAUGCACAUCCCGGCUGCUUGCCCUGCUCCACCACCUCCACCGCCUGCGCCGCCAGGCUAUAGCUUUAUGCCGACCGGCUAUAUGGCCUCCGGUGGUCAAUAUUUUGGCGCAGUUCCAGGUUCGAUGAACGGCGGAUACAGUCAGAUGUAUGCUUCCUCGCGCUCUUCCACAACAACAAGCUGCAACAUGCCUGGCGGCGGAGGUGUGUAUAUGCCGGCGGCUUAUGUGCCACCUCCAGCUCAAUAUUAUGCAAACCAGCCAGCUUUUAAGCAAAGCUGUGAUGCAUCCACGCAGGCAGAUCUAAUUAGUGGCGCACCGCCACUGAUGAAGCUCAAUCAGACGGCUACGACAUCCUCGACAGCUUCGUCCUAUGUCUUGGAAAACGCUGAGGAGUCUGAGUAUGUGAGCACUUCAUCGCAAACCAACAGCUCCACUGGAAUUGAAAAUGGCGGAGGCGACGGCCUCAACGCGCUACAGAGUGUGCGUCGCAACUCUGAGGUCACAUUGCCGCAGCAACGUCUGCUGGACAUUACGCGAGUAUCGCUCUACGGCAGCGAAAUAGCCGAAAAGUUGGCCAAUACGCAUCGCAAUCGUCCGUGCUUCAAGAAAAUAGACACGCUAUGUGCACGCCUUAAGCAGGAUCUGUUGCGUCCCGAUGGGGUGUUGCCAAACAUCAACUCCCAGGGCAUUGCCUGGGCCGUAAAGGAUUUCAUUUUCGUAUUUACUCGCAUUAUUAAUGCCUGGGUUAUACUAAGAGGCUACGUCUACAAUACGCCGGAGGGCUUAAAUAAAAUUAAGGACGAGCUGCCACGCGGCUUUAUGACCGUUUUCGAUGGAUGGCAAUGUGGCACUUUGUUGCUCAUCGAAAUGAUUAUAAAAUCAUUUGUUAAUUUGGACGAUCUAUUACAAAAGCAGAAGAAUUCCUUCUCCAAAUGUGAUGCCAAUAACAACAACAAUAAUAGUUCGACCUUUAACAGCAUCAACAAUAAUAAAACCAAUGUCUCUGCCAACAGCAGUGAUAGCAGCACUUUAGGCAACACUUUGGGCGCUGCCGUUCAGCCAACAUCGAUCACAUCCAACGCCCAGAGCAGCCCCAAAGAGGCAGCUACCAUGGAGUUGGGCACCUCCUCCAUUCCUGAUGGCAGCAGCACAACCAAUUUGAUGCAGAAAUCGAAGAGUUCUCAGAACUUGAAUUAUUUGUACACCAUGAUUGAGAACUCGGAGGAGAGGCAGCGGAGCGUAGACGCAAACGGCACAUAUCUCAAAACCGGAACAUAUACUCCGCUGAAGAAGGAAUCCAAAUUGGAUAAGCACGAUUAUGGCAAACACCCAGAGUUACCAACUUGCAUGCCUGUUAAGCAGCACGAGACGAACAUAACAUACGAAAACUGGCAGUCAUUGCCACCGGAACCAUCUAAGCAGGAAGCGUACCCGAUGCAGGAGGUACACAAGCAGACGCCACAACGUCGCCACGCGGAUGUCAGCACCUAUAUUAAUCCCUUUAGUAUUGUGGGACGGGAAAUUACGCGCAGCUUGUUAGACUUUAGCGAACGUCUGCUCGAGCUGCAGAGCACGGAGCGAUUCUUCGAGAAGCAAUUCACCCGAAACUAUUAUCCAGAUCUAUUUCUGCGCUGCCACCAGGAAUUCAUCGACUUACGCUCGAUUAUAAUGAGAUGUGAGAACGGCGUGUACCAUCACGUCCACGAGGCCAUACACGAUGUGCGCCGCAUAUCGUAUGUCGUCCGUAACUACCUGAAGGUUUUCAACAAUGAGGACUUGCGCCAUUAUAUCGAUAUCUACGACCAGGUGGUUAACGAGAUGUUAAGCCAACCCCCGCAUCUGCCCUAUCAGUACGAUCAUAUAACUGGCCGGCCGGGGGAGAAGCUCUUCAACUACGAGAUAUGAAUGAUGUAUCACGAUAAUGAUGAAAUGUAUGUAUACAGACAGGCAUUGCAAUGCUGUGCCACGAGUUUAUUAUUUUUUUUGUUAUUAUUAUAAAGUUAAUUUAAAGUUAAAACACAUAAGGGAACAUGUAAUAUGGUUUAGCCACGACUGCCAGGCUUUUCAAGCUAGAGCAUACAUUUAUAUUUAGAUUAGAAUAGUUAUUACAAUUGUUACCAAAUAAGUUACUUAGUAAGAAACAUAUAAUAAUAACUCCCACAUAAUUUUUUAUUCAUGCCCUUUUGGCAGAUACUUUACCUACUUUUUUUUUUUAAUAAAUAA